CGGUGGCGGGGAGCGUCCCGGAGCCCGAGCACUGGACUCUGGGAAAUGAGUCAUCUUGUACUUUGCUGACUGUAAACAUCGAAGUGAGCACGGAUUCACAAGAACUACAAGGUCCAGAAGUCUUUGCCACCGGAAAUGUGUUGCGAAGAAGCGCGACGUUGGUUUUAAACAUGGCGUCGCAGUCAGGGGAAAAGCCGAGUGAAGACGCUGAACAUUUGAAAAUAAAUGCUAGCAAUGGCGAAGAAGGAGAAGAAAGAAAAGUCGGACCCAUUUCUUUUGGUUUUAAGGCAGUAUCUAAGUUUAAGGGGUCUAGCACGAAUCGUAAAGACUCCGAAAAAGAACUGGACUAUUUAACAGGCGUUGAAGGGAAGGAAUUGAAAAGCACGAAGCCAGUAGAGAAGCCCAAAGAGCUGAUUAUUCCCCUAAUCACAAAGAAUCACUGGUACCAGAAAGAAAAUGUUGCUAAGGUGCCUAGAGGAGCUGAAGCUUCAAGCUUACCUGAAAGUCAGGACUCUGUGGAAUCACAAGCUGUCAAAGAGCUCAUUGAAGAGUCUCAGAAGCAGCUGGAAAAGUGGCAGAAUGGCUCCCAGGUGGAUCUGAACCUCACCAUUCCUCUGCUGAUGCAGAAUCAGGUGCCUCAGGGUUUUGAGGACGGAGACCACGUGAAGGUCGAUCUGCGACCAGAGUCGUCCACAGAAGCAGACUAUGAGAGGGUUCCGGUGGAGGCCUAUGGCUUGGCCAUGCUGAAGGGUAUGGGCUGGAAGGAGGGAGAGGGAAUCGGCAGAACCUUCAAAAAAGAUGUAAAGCCCAUAGAGCAUCAGCUUCGGCCCAAAGGUCUUGGUCUGGGAGCGAACCGUUCUGCACUGAAAGACCUGGAGCCCAGUGGCCCCCGGCGCCCCCCCAAGCCUGGAGAGGAACGAGCCGAGGAAGAAUUGGUUCUGGGUCCGGGUGGAUGUGUUCUGCUGGAGACUGGAGCUCACAAAGAUCAUUACGGGAAGAUAGAAGGGGUCGACCCAGACAAUGCUCGAGUCAUGGUGAAGCUAGCGAUUGGCGGGAAGACCGUAACGGUCAGCCAGUACGGUGUGCGGUUGGUCAGUCGCAAAGAGUAUGAGAAAAACGCCAAAGACCUCAGCCGCUACAGCAAAGCCCAUCAAGACAGAGAGAGAGAGAAGGAGAGACAGAAGGACAAACAGAGACAAGAGGAGAAGAAUAGAGGCAGCGAGGGGGACAGGGUUCAAACUGACAGAGAGAGGGAGCGUGGCAGAAACAAGGAGAAGGACCAACGCAAGAGGAAACACCCAGAACCUGAUUAUGAAAGACAGAAGCCCCCUCCGUUGAAGGAGUCCCGCCAGCCUUCUGCCCCCUCCUGGCUACAGAGAGACCUCAGGGUUCGCUUCAUUGACAAGACCUUCAAGGGCGGGAAGUACUACAACUCAAAGAUGACCGUGGAGGAUGUGCUGACACCAGAUACCUGUGUGUGUCGCACAGAUGACGGCAGACUGCUUGACGAUGUGAAGCAGACAAUGCUGGAGACAAUGGUGCCCAAAAGUGAGAAUGACCUAAUCAUGGUAGUGCUGGGUGAACACCGAGGUCAGCUUGGGCGGAUCUUACAACGGGACAAGCAGAGGUGCCGAGCCAUGGUGCAGCUGGACAGACAUGAGGAUAAGGUCUUCACCUUGGAUUAUGACUCAAUCUGCCAUUAUGUGGGCGGGACCUACACGUGACCACCUGCUGGUUCAUUCUUGUGAG